AAUUGAAAGGAAAAAAAGAAAACCCCUUUUUUAGUAGUGACACAAACUCUCAAGAAACUCAAAAGCAUAAAAAGAACCCCUAAAUCCUGGAAAAAAUAGAACAAAACACACACACAGCACAUAAAAAUCAUAAGAAAAGGCAUCCACAACAGUAACCUUAAUAACAUCUGAAAAGAAGAAAACAAGAUCCACCUCGAUCACCCCUCCCCCCCUUCACCCACAAACCUCUCUCUCUGUCUUUCUUGAUUCACAGAGAGAGAGAGAGAGACAUGGAGGGAAUUCAAAGUCCCAAGCUCUGCGAAUUUCCUCUCUCGUAAAAAAAUCUCUUCUUUUUCCAGCCCGAAUCCUCCUCUGUGGUUGCAUAAUUCGUUCCUUUCUCUGCGAAAAGAGAGGAGUUUUUAGUCGAAAUUUGGUAGGUGGUGUGGUGUAGAGGGGGAGAAUGAGGGAAGAUGAGUCAAAUUGGUUUUCGAAAUGGGAGGAAGAAUUGCCGUCGCCGGAGGAUCUGAUGCCCUUAUCCCAAUCCCUAAUAACCCCUGAUCUAGCUCUGGCCUUCAACAUUCACAACCCCCACCAGCAGCAAUCGCUCCACCCGCCCCCGCCGCCCCCCCUGCCUCCGCAGCCCAAUUCCUCGGCGGAAUUCGACUCCCCGGAGCUCAGCGGCGCGGGGGGCGGGGGCGGAGACGAGCCGGCGCGGACCCUGAAGCGGCCCCGGCUGGUGUGGACCCCGCAGCUGCACAAGCGGUUCGUGGACGCCGUGGCCCAUUUAGGGAUCAAGAACGCCGUCCCCAAAACUAUAAUGCAGCUCAUGAGCGUCGAUGGCCUCACCAGAGAGAACGUCGCCAGCCAUUUGCAGAAAUACCGCCUCUACUUGAAGCGGAUGCAGGGGAUCUCCAGCAACGGCGCCGCCGGCGCCAACAGCCCCGCCGCCCUCUCCGACGCCGCCACCGACCACCUCUUCGCCAGCUCGCCCGUGCCCCCGCAUUUCCUGCACCCGGCCAGGGCCACCUCCGACCAUUUCCUGCCCUUCGUGCCCGUCGCCGCAAUGCAGCAGAUCCACCACCAGCAGUUUAGGCAUUUCGGAAGCUCCCCUCCCAAUGCUCAGUUUGAGCAUCCCUUCAUCAGGCAGCCGCAGCCGCAGCCGCAGAGGAUGCCUACUAACACGCCGCCGCCUGCCUACGCCGAUGAUUUGGACCCGCCUAAUGCCGCCAAUGGGAGGAAAAUUCUCACCCUUUUCCCCACCGGCGAUCAUUAAUCAUUCAAUAUUUUCUUCGAAAAACAUAUGUGCAAAAUCUGUUGUCUUUUUUCAUGCUCUUAGAUUUAGUUUUUUAUUUGCAUUUGGAUGGUGUUAUCAUUUUAGCUACUAUUUCCUCUUCUUGCUCAACUUAGUACAACUAGUAAGUCUUGGACCAUCCACGUUGCGUAUUUGAGUCGUCUGUACAUUGAGAGUGGCGGAUAUCAACCAUAUGUGAUGUCACUUAGAGGAAUAUGUCCAUGAGAAGUGGCUCGUUUCUCUCGUUGAGUCGUCUCAAACUGUUAUCAGAGGUUGCUGUUUUUGUUGGUGGUGGUGAUUAGCAUCCAUGGCUGCACAAACAUGCUACUGGAUUUUUUUCUUGUUUAUUUAUCAUAUCAUUACAGUCUUUGUGUUUCUUGUUUUAGCAUCGUAUAGCAGUGUUGUAAAUGUUGUGUUAUUAGCAAACAAUAACAAUUCUACUAUUGUUUA